CUGGCUACUGCUUAGUCCCUCCCCACUGCAAUAUGUCUCCUCAACUGCCCCCACACACAGGUUUGGACUACAAUUCCCAUGGUGAACUGGACCAGAAGCCAUUGCCCACUAGAUCUUGGUAGAGAUUUCAGGAAAGUUAGGACCAUGAGGUCCUGCUUCUGCUUCCUGUGCCUCAGUUUCCCAAUCUGCAAAAGGAGAGCUUGGAGUUAAAUUGGGAGGCCAUGCUAAGCCCCACUGAGUCCCCAUUGGCCACUCACCAGCUUUUUUUUUUUUUUUUUCUUUCCAUGGGGAGAUACCGGUCUUUUCCUGUUUGUUCUACCUCAGGAUGUCCCUCACUUAGCACAGGCCUAGUCAUAGUGGUGAUCGGGUGGGAUGUCUACAGACCCAGGCACUGGGUGCUCCCUUCCCUCACAGCCAACUGCAAAGCUCUUCCCUCCCUUCAGCAACUGUCAUACCUGUUAUCACCACACAGGGGCACUGCUGGGUCCUGUUACCAGCAUGUCUGCAACUGGACCCUAAGGCGCGUGCCCCACAGCCUGUGAUCUGUAGGGAGUUGGGCUGGGCCAACUGCACACCUCUGUGGUUCUCAGGACUCCAUCCCUGCCAGACCUCAGGCAGGGAUCUAUCUAUCAAGACUCCCAAAAGGCUUCCCUCAGGAAGUCCAGCACCAACAGGGACAGGCCCAAUACUCGGGCAGUACCUGCAUAAAGAAUCUGGUUUCACACAGGAAAGAGCCACUGUCUCUGGGAAGGCAAGCCAGCAGCUUUUUUCAUCCACCAAUGGCAGAUAUCCCAUUUCAAAGAGGAAGCAAGCCUGGGGACUUAGCUCAGCUUAGCAUUCAUGAAGCCCUGGGUUUCAACUGCAGCAGUGCCUUCGAGCACACAAACCAACAAGCAAUCCUUCACGUGGUGGUGCACACCUGUAGUCCCAGCACUCAAGGGUGGGAAGCAGGAAGAUCCCAAGUUCGAAGUCAUCCUCAGCUACACAAGUCGGAAGGCAGCCUGCUGGAAGAGCUCCUGUUUUAAAAAGCAGUUUUUGGAGGGGCUGGAAGGAUGACUCAAUGGGUGACUUACUUGCUGUGUAAGUGUGAAGACCUGAGUUUUGAUUCCCCCAGAACCCACGUAAAGCCAGACAUGCUAGCUCACAAUCCCAAGUUUCUACCAUGACAUGGGAGGUAGAGACGGGAGGCUCCUCAGAAGCAUGUGGGCCAGCUAGCCUGGUGUACACAACUUUGAACUAUAUCUCAAACAAGAUGGAAAUGAGGCAAGAACUAACGCUUGACAGGACUGUCUUCUGAUCUAUACAGAUGCAUGCAAUCCCAUACAUACAUAAACACGCAUACGUGCACUCACAUAUACACAGAAAUGUGCUCACACACAAACACGUGCACUCAUACACACACAUAAACACAUGUGCACUUACCUACAGACACACAUAAACAUGCAAAUAUUAUUAUAAAGAGAAAGAAGCAAAUCUCCCCCGUGGUGGGCAGAUCCCUGCUGGAGCAGGAGGCAAAGCAGUGACUGGCACCAUAGACAGUCAGCACCCUCCGGGGCACAGGAGCGUCAGGUGGGGUCCCUGGACAGGGGCAAUGUUUCUCUGAACUUCCACCACCCAUCCUACCUCCCAAAGGACACACCAGCUGUGAGAGCAAAAGAGUGUGACCUCGUGUCACAGGCUCUGCCAGACUUCAGUACACCAGCCAUAGCUUGCUAUCAGGGGAGAACCCCAAUGGGCAGUGGUGGGAGAGGUCUCUGAACUAUCCCAAUGGCUAGGUACAGAGUGGCAAGUAGUGAAAUAGAUGGAAAGCAGACAGACAGACAGACAGACAGGCCAAGUUAGAGGAAAGGUGGAGCAGAAGGCCUGAGCAAGGCCCUACUCCAGAAAACACUCUAAAACGAUGUCUACCUAGAAAAUCCCCAUCGGGGUUGGGGAUUUAACUCGGUGGUAGAGCGCUUGCCUAGCAAGCGAAAGGCCCUGGGUUCAGUCCCCAGCUCUGAAAAAAGGAAAAGAAAAAAAAAAUCCCCAUCAGUCCUCAUGGUCUCCCAGGCCCCUGUACCUACCCACUUGAUUGAGCACCUGCUCCCAUGCCAGGGGGAUGUCCCCAGAUGAGGCUCCAGAGUCCCAGUAGGGAUCCACCUUCGUACAUUCGCCCUCAUCCUGUGGCUAUAGGGCAGGCAAGGUUGAAAGGAUAUAGAGCAAUUACUUAUACAAGGCUCCCUGGAGGAGGGGCCACCUAAGACAAUGCUUGCCUGGCCAGCACUUCAGGCAGGAUAGCUAAGUGUGGGCAGUGUGCUGAAGGCCUUGCCCAGGGCUCUCUGGCACUUACUUUGUGCCCUAGAGCCACUCCCCCAGCCUCUCUGGGCCCCCAUAUUCUCAUCUGGAAAUCCAGGAUUCGAACUAGCCCAAGGGCUGUGAGAGGGUUCAGUUAGUUACAACAGGGAGAGGGAGAGGAUGUGGCCCUAUCGGCUGUGACUCUAUUGCUAUGAUCACUUGUUGAUUCUGGGCCUAGGGCUACCUAGAGGUCAAGCCCACAAUGGGCAGCCCAGAAUCUGACCUCUGCCCAAGCCAGAAUGUGGACACUCUCCUCCAGCCUACCUGAGCCCUGGAGGUAGGUGGAGACCCCUCACCACAUGACACCUCCUCCCAGAGGGCGUCUCUGUGUCCAGCGUAUCCUUGUAAGCCAAAGCAGGGGCUGUAAAUUAGUGGUAGAGACUUGACUAGCAUGCUCAAGGUCCUAGGUUCAAUACCAGGACCUCAGAUGAAUACAAGCACAAAAACAAUUCCUUAGUCAAAACCUGUCCCCGGGUCAGCACUGGAGUCAGAGCUCCAUUGGCAGUCUGCCCUUGACCCGGGUUAAUACAGGGGCUCAGGGUCAGCCUGUUCUCUAUUCUUGGGACCUUUUCCAAAAGGUGUCCCCAGGAGUUUGCCCAUCCAGAAUGGAGUUCCCUAAAGUGGGUGCCGCUCACUAUUGCCAAAUGUAGCUUCUGGGAGUUGCUAUGUUGGUUACACUGGACCAGAUGGAAGCCCAGGAGCCCUGUGAGACCCAUACUGAGCAAGAUUCUGAAGUAGCCAAGCUGUCUGAACACAAACCUAACGGGGCACCCACCAGGCAGGACUCUGGCACUCCUGGGGGGUGGGGCUAUGAUCUGCUGUUACUACAGUUGCAGCCUUGCACGGUCCACAGAGCAGGUUUGAUGGUUACCUUUGGGUGCAGAUAGUGAUUAUGUGGCUUCAGAUCCACACUCCAGGAACCAGCCUGGCACACUCAGGACCCAUCUGCUUCAGCCCAGAGGCAGCGUCUCAGGAUGUGGUAGGCUGGAAGUCCCCCUUGCAUACCUUCUUCCUCACCCUCUCAGAUGCCUGGUGGGGCCAUCAUCUUGGCCUUUGUGCUGAUGAUUGUGCCCUGAGAUUUUGGCAGCAGCUUCCAGGCCCUGAGUAGAGCCAUCGGCUGGAAUAGCUGUCCAAUGUAUACCUCUCCGCCUGGUCACUGUGCUUCGCAGCCCACAUGUCUGCAUGGCACUGUCCUUAGCACCCGUGGGGUGUCCAUGCCCAGUCACCAUACUUGUCUCUGCAUGUCUAAUGUCCAGUGUGGGGACAGCUUGCCUGUGUCAGCACUGGGGAUGCACAGUCUGUGCAGAUACACCUAUGUGCUCAGAGACGAGACAUACGUGAAUUCAGGCUGCCCCUCGUCACACCCUGAAUGAAGCCGGGCCUCCAGGGGAGGUGUGUGCUGGGUGCCUGCCAACCCUGAGCUCAGCCCAAGCUCAGCCUGAGUUUCUCCUGGGGCUGAAGAGCAGGUGUGUGCUAUGCCUGGGCCCGAGGGGUUGAUACAAGCAUCACCUGGCACAGUCUAGUCUCCUUCCCACAGGCCUGCCUGGCAGGUGUGGCGGUCACAGUGGAUUGACGGGCAGAGCAGUCCCGGCCUGGCUACUGGGACAGUUUUGCAGAUGAGCAUGAACCGUGACAGCUCUGUCUACACUCUGCUGCAAAGAUGGGGAGAAUCUGAGCCUGCCUGGAUCUCCGGCAUCCGGAGCACCUGAUCUAUUGUAUCCUGUGGCCAUCUGGUCAGAAGUAGCCUCUUCCCUGCCCUGGACAGCACCUUCACUACCAGACUCUACAUUCCGGCUCAGGUAGUGACCUCCCCGUGUACCUCAUGGGCCUCAGGAGGACAUAGGAACCCAGAAGUCAUCAGAUUGUGCACCCCGAGUCAGGCCUGGACCUCCCACCCACAGCCUUUGGGCUUCCCUGCCCUGAGACGCUUCAGCCAGGAUGAGCAGAACUCUCAGACGGUUGCCUAUGGGCUCCAGAAUGGGCACGCUGGCGAGUCCUGGUCUCGCCCUUCUCCUGUCCCUCACCGCCCACUGCUCGGGUCCUCAGACUAAGGACUUGCCCAAGGGGGGACUAAAUGCUAGCGAAGCCAACACAUGGGUCAGGGACAACACCUCCCUCCUGCAAAACUUCUGGUGCUUGCCAGCCAGCCAGCUGCCCCGGGAACAGCUCUCCAGUUUAAUCAGGAGCCUGGCUUCACAGAGGGUCGCACUCAAAGCCUGGCAGCUCAGCUGCUUGGCCAACCUUGCUGCACGGCUAGGUCUCCAGGACGACUUCCAGUUCCACCCACCCAACCUUCUACUUUUCUACAACCUGAGCCAGGUGGGGGACACUAACUGCCGGGCCUUCAUUCACCGCGCUGCCCAGGGGGACACAGAACUGCUGGCCAACCUACCCAACCAGAGAGUUGCUCUGCAGCGCACAGCCUUGGCCUGUCUGGGGGGACCCCACCUACCGCUCAGUGCCUCAGACCUGUGGCUUCUUGGUGUCCUGGUAUGUGACAUGGAGGCACCACAAAUUGUGACCGCAGACCCCAGUGUCCUGAAGAAUCUGCUUCGCUGCCCAGGGCUUACUGUCAUGCAGACUGCUGCCCUCAACACCCUGCUGGCCAAUGGGAAGACGCAAAUCGGGCCUCCUGGCUCCUGGAACCUGGAAGGGCUACAGGCCCUGGGACCUCUGGCUACCUACAUCAGCCCCCAUCUGUGGGAGAAGGUGCAGGAGGCUGUGGGGUUGGACUUCUUUCGCAGCGUGGUGGCUGCUUGCCGAGCAGGCCAGCUGAGCAGACAUGAUGCCAGACGCUUCGUCACCAACUUCCUGGAGUCCAAAGCCAAUUCAGUGUCCUCAAGGUCCAAGCGGCGCACAGGGAGAUCCUGUGUCCGUGGCAACAUCACAGCAGCCACCCUGCACGACGACCUCUUCCUGGUGCACUAUGACUGCACCCAGCUGGAGUCCUGCCUAGGCACACGUGUGCUCAGGGCCAACCUGGACCCAUUGCUCCAACACCCGCUGCCUGCAGAGUGCCAGCAUGUUGUCAAAACCAAACUUGCUCAGAUCUACCCACAUGGCAUCCCCGAGGACCAGCUGCACCUCAUCCCCUCGCUGGUCUACCUCUACUCCCUCGCUGAAAUAGGCCAGUGGAACAUCACAUCCGGAGACACAGUGAUGAUCCUGCUGGCCUCAGACGCGGCUCUGGACAACCAGACAGAGGCAGUUCUCCAGAGGUUCUUGGACCAUAACGGCAAGGUCACUGGAGCUCUUCUGGUAGCCAUCGGGAGUUCCCGUCUCUGCUGGAUGAGCAUUGAGCAGAUCCAGAUCAUCCAGCCCUCAGAGUUCCGGCUGGCUGGAGCUCCAGACGUCUCUCCCUGCCCUCAGAGUCGGAAGGACGUGCUCUUCGCCAAGGCUCAUGAGGCCUUUAGGAACACCAGCAAUGUGGGAGAAUACUACUACUUAAUACGCCCCUACCUCGGUGAGCCCUGUACUGUGCUCCUCUGCCUCUCCUUAAUAUACCCUUCCUUUACCCUUUGUGUCACCCCCCCCCCCGCAAGUCCUCUGCUUCCUCGGCUCUCGUCACUGCUCCCUCUAGGUGGUGCCCCCUUGGAGGAACUUCAAUACCUGGCCCAGGCCAACAUCUCCAUGGAUAUUGACACGUUCACCAACCUCAACCCCCUGACGUUGAAGAGCAUGGGUGUGGACAGUGUAAGAAGUCUGCUAGGCCAGAACGUGGGGGAUCUGCAGAAGGCCCGAAACCAUCCAAACGUCAUCCUGUGGAUGCACAGUCACAACAUGUCGGAUCUGUCUGAGAUGGGCCUGGACACCAGCCCCACGCUGCCCUAUGUGACCAACAGGCCCCCCAACACUGCCUACCCACCAUCCAGUUUGAUCCAGUCCUCCGAUCUGUCAGGGAAUGAUGGUGUUUCCCACGCCUCAGGAAGUCCUCCAGUCCAUCUGUCACUUGCUGUGGCUCUGCCCUCCAGCCUUCUGUGGCUGCUACUGUGUCAGUUACCUUCGGGACAAAUGGCCACUGCUCACAGGACAUUAGGACUCUGGCCAUUGCCAAUGGCACUGACCCACGACAGUCAGACCCCUGAACAUCAGAUUCAGGAGAACUGGAGCUGCUAGGUGGAACAGGACACCUGCCUAGGCUGAAGUACAUGUUUCUGGCCCCCAGGGGGACCUGCUGCUGUGUCCCCCCUCCUAGGAGGAUGACUCUGAGCCCAUAAGGCACUAGAACCUGCCCAACCUCAAGGACCAGGUGGUAUAGAGUUCAGAUCUUCUGACCUAUUCCAAGACAAGUGGAACUUGGUGUUACUUGAAUGUCUCUUGCCCUCACUGGUGGAUCUGAAUAAAGCACAAGGCUACUGUA